CAGAAAAAAGAAAGAAAACAGAGAAACAGAAAAUAAAGGAAGAGAAAACGAAAAUAAGGAAGAAAGAAGAAAAAAGUUAAGAAAAAAAAACAGGAAAAGAAAACGGAGAGAGAGAAAAGGAGAAUAAAGGAGAAAAACUGAGAAAGAAGAAAGAAAAGUAGAAAGAACUAGAAAAAAGAAAAAAAACAGGAAUAAAGGUAGACGACACAAAACGACAAUAAAGAAGGCGAGAAAGAAGAAAAAAGGAAAAGAGAAACAAAAGAAACGAAGAGAAGAGAAGAGAAACAGAAUAAAAGAAGGAAAAACAAGAAAAAGAGAAAAGAACAGGGAAAAAUUAACAAAAGGUGAUAAAUAAAGGAGGUGGAAAGUGGAAGAUAGGAUGGAAGAAUAGGUGUAAGAGAGAGAGAGAGAGAGAGAGAGAGAGAGAGAGAGAGAGAGAGAGAGAGAGAAUGUAGCCUAACCUAACCUAACCUAACCUAACCUAACCACCACCACCACCACUACUACCAUCAUUAAUUAAGAAGGUGGAAAGUGGAGGAGAGAGAGUGAGUGGAGGAACGUAGCCUAUCAACCACCACCACCACUACCACCACCACUACCACCACCACCACCACCACCACCACCACCAUGUCCACCUCCAUUGAAGACCCCCAAGAGGCCAAACCUAAAACUAACUGGUGCUGCAUUCUGUGUAUCUUCGUGGUGGCUGGCGGACUGUGUUUCUUUGGGGUGUCUUUGGCGCUACAAGGAGACAGCAGGACCGGGUUUGUGCUUCUACUCAGCAGCGGUGGCCUCCUCGCCUUGUCCAUCUGCGCGGCUAUUGGGAGAUUUCGGCCCCAGAACGAGGAGGACAAGACGACCCCCUCCCUAUAUGAUGACCUAGACGACCAGCCGCCCUCCUACAGGCAGUCCUGGCGGCGAUCCUUCAUGAGACGCAUCAAGAAUAGGAACGAGGGAGGCGAGGAGGACGAGAACACAGGAGAAAACAGUGACAGAAGAGGACGCGGGAGACGCAAAUGGUGGCAGCGACGUGGACAACGCGAGAAGGACGAGGAGGAGGGCGCUGACAGUGGAGAGGCAAGAGGAGGAAGACAAUCAAGACGCUCCUCUUACCGCACAGCAAACGAACUUUACUCCUCUUCCUCUUCCUCGUGUGACAGUCUGCUGGCGGGGCUGUGUGGGAGCAGAGCAAGGGGCGGGGCGGCAAAUGAGAGAUACACACAGUCUCUAUCUAACCUUCUCGACCCUCCCUCAUAUCAAGAUGCCAUAGCGCACUUAGAUGAUGCAGCCAUUAGGAAGUUGAGGUCAGAAAUGUGCCUUCCCUCAGCCAUGCAGUGACGUGACCUGUCCUAAUGUGACCUGACAUGACCUAGCCUUGUUUUACGUGAUUUUGAUGUGUUUGAUGUUUUGUUUGGGUUAAGUUUGUUUUGGGUUGUGUGUGUGUGUGUGUGUGUGUGUGUGUGUGUGUGUGUGUGUGUGUGUGUGUGUGUGUGUGUGUGUGUGUGUGUG